UUCUGGAGCGAGCCUCAGUCUCCUUCUGCGCUCCCUGCCGCGCGCCCUCCUUUCGGCAGUCGAGAUUCCUCUGGGAGACAAGGGGGCUCUGGGCACUACACGCUUUAAUAAAAGAUUCGCCGUGCUUUACUCAGGUCCCUGAACAUUCCCGCUCGCGAGGAGCUGCUUGCUGUGAUGUAACGCAGAAACCUCUAUCACACGGGCUGUUGUUGUCCCUCCUCUCAAGGCUCCCGGGUUAGGGCCAGUUUUCGUGACUCCAAGAGUAUCUGCGUGGGCGCCUGUGUUGGGGUCCCUCCCAAAGACAGGAGUUGGACCGCGGAAAGAACGUCACUGCGCCACGAGACAGCACAGCACUUUGGACCGGCCAUCUCCGCGUGGGUCUGGAGGUAGUGCGCCCUAGCUGCUGACGCACUGGUGGUGCUUAUUAAUCAUUCACCAGUCCCGAGUCGCGCCAGUUAAUGGCUGUGCGGCGCAAGGCGCCGGUCUCCCUGCCUUCCCUCUCCAGGCUCGCGCGUGGCCAGGAGCCCAGAAGCCUAGGAGCGGCAAGCUGCUGCGCGCAAGCAGAGGUUGGGCGAUGCGCCCCGCUGGCACGAGUUAAAGCCGCGCUCCCUGCAACCGCUGUGCGCUACCCUCAGGCGCCCGGCGACAGUGAGCUGCGGGCAGUCAGUCGGUCAGGGUGCCGAGUGAGGGCGCAAGCGGUGGGGGCUCGAGAAGAGUGCCCAAGCUCUAGCAGCCCCAUCGUCCCCCAUCAGAUGAGAUGUUCCCCAAUGGCACCACCUCCUCUCCCUCCUCUCCUAGCCCCGGCCCGGGCAGCUGUGGCGAAGACGGCGGCAACAGGGGCCCCGGGGCCGGCGCUGCGGACGGCAUGGAGGAGCCGGGGCGAAAUGCGUCCCAGAACGGGACUUUGAGCGAGGGCCAGGGCAGCGCCAUCCUCAUCUCUUUCAUCUACUCGGUGGUGUGCCUGGUGGGGCUGUGUGGGAACUCCAUGGUCAUCUAUGUGAUCCUGCGCUACGCCAAGAUGAAAACGGCUACCAACAUCUACAUCCUCAACCUGGCCAUUGCGGAUGAGCUGCUCAUGCUUAGCGUGCCCUUCUUAGUCACCUCCACGUUGCUUCGCCACUGGCCCUUCGGCGCGCUGCUCUGCCGCCUGGUGCUCAGUGUGGACGCAGUGAACAUGUUCACCAGCAUCUACUGUCUGACUGUACUCAGCGUGGACCGCUACGUGGCCGUGGUGCACCCCAUCAAAGCAGCACGCUACCGCCGGCCCACCGUGGCCAAGGUGGUGAAUUUGGGGGUGUGGGUGCUAUCGCUGCUGGUUAUUCUGCCCAUCGUGGUCUUCUCACGCACAGCGGCCAACAGCGAUGGCACGGUGGCUUGCAACAUGCUUAUGCCUGAGCCAGCCCAGCGCUGGCUGGUGGGCUUCGUGCUGUACACAUUUCUUAUGGGCUUCCUGCUGCCCGUCGGGGCUAUCUGCCUGUGCUACGUGCUCAUCAUCGCAAAAAUGCGCAUGGUAGCCCUCAAGGCUGGUUGGCAACAGCGCAAGCGCUCAGAGCGUAAGAUCACCCUGAUGGUGAUGAUGGUGGUGAUGGUGUUUGUCAUCUGUUGGAUGCCUUUCUAUGUAGUGCAGCUGGUAAAUGUAUUCGCAGAACAGGACGACGCCACGGUGAGCCAGCUGUCGGUCAUUCUCGGCUACGCCAACAGCUGCGCCAACCCCAUCCUCUACGGCUUUCUUUCGGACAACUUCAAGCGUUCUUUCCAGCGUAUCCUGUGCCUCAGCUGGAUGGACAAUGCCGCGGAGGAACCGGUCGACUACUACGCCACCGCCCUCAAGAGCCGCGCCUACAGCGUGGAGGAUUUUCAGCCAGAGAACCUGGAGCCGGGCGCCGUCUUCCGUAAUGGCACCUGCACGUCCCGGAUCACGACUCUCUGAGCCUGGGGCCACUCAGGAGCCCUGCGCAAAGGGAGGGGGGAGGAUAAGGAGAAGGGAGGCCAGUUGUGAGAGGUGAAAGCAUCCUGGGACCAGGGUACGAUGGGGCAAAAUGUGGCUAGGACUCUAUGCUUUGGGCUUGAGAGACUGGAAGGAAUGUUCGCGAGGAAGGUGGAAUUGGGCGUUUUGCUCGCAAACUGGGAAGGCUUGAGGGCUCCCUUCUCCACUGUUUCCUACUCUCCCUCCUUCCUACACUGCGCUUGUACUUCUGCACCCUCUAAGCUCCCCACUCUGUAACUCUGAUAUUUCUUUCCGCCAAGUCCUGCAGGUACAGAUCAUGAACUCAUUAACGUCGCUAACUCAGGCUGACUCUCAGCCCCGCCAGCCGUCCUGUGUUUGUUUAAGCCAAGCCACGGUUACUGCCACGGGUUUCCCUAGGGAUGAGUCCCAGCUGGCCCUCAGCCCCGCCCUGCCACCCCUUCACUUGCGGGAUUCUGCCUGGUGCCCCUAGCGGAGUAUCGAAACACAGCUUUCUCUGUGCACAGCUCUACUUUUAGGGAAGGCGGACCUGAGAAUAAACUAGGCAGCUUGUCUUUUCUCCUACUCUCCGAUGAAGACGCACCCCUCACCGAGCCCCUCCACCACUCUCACUGCACCCAGAGCGGAGCCAGGUGCUUAGUAAAAUCGGUCCCGCACUUCGAACCCCAGGCAUUGCGCAGUCCUCAUUCAGUCCCCUAUGUGGAGCCAAAAGGAGCUGAGAACAAGGACCAAGGAGGCUUUAGAUUUGAGGUUGGGAGAGGGAAGAGGAGCUGUAAUGGAAACCACCUUCUCCAGCCUGGCUCACGGCCGGCACUUUAGGUUUCGAAGACCAGCACUCUGGGACUCUGUCUGCAUUAGGUCGAGGGAGGCGAGUCGCAAUUUCCCUGGAGGGCCGCGUGGGAGCGUGGCUGCAACUACAGUAGGUUUUCUCCCUCACUCAAGCGUCUGGAGGUGCAGAUCUAAGAGUAACAUAACAACAGACUCAGUUUCCUGCUCCGGUUUGUCUCGAAGACCAAGCAGCGGGGCCGGGACCUUGGGUGGCGCCUACCAGAGGCUGCCAAUCCUGACUGAGUCACCGCCACCUGCAGGCUGGAGAGUGGGCCCGUCCUGUCCGGCCCUUGAGGGUUGCCACCUUUCGAGCGGGGCCUAAUACCUUAUAUUCUUGUUUAGCGUAUUUAUUUAUUUAUGCAUUUAUUUAUUUGUGCUGGUUGAAAACGUCUCGACUUUCUUUUUCUCUACUUGCCUAGCCAGGGCUUCUUUCUUCAGGACACUGGGAGUGAAGUGGGGAGGGGACCUGGAGGGCCUCUUGCCCCAAGGCCCCCUCAAAACCUCUCCGCUUUGUUGAAUCUUCUUUAGACGUCCUUUCCUCUAGUCUUUCUAUUUUUGCUUGUAUCCAGUGAAGUUUGGAGAUUUUUUUUCAUACUUUCUUAUUAGUUUCUGGUUUGUCUUAGAAUAAAAAAUGAUUAUAUGGAUUAGCUUCCUCUCACGCAGAGUGGAAAUUCCUGUACACCUUGCUUUCAAUAUCACUCUACAUAUGAUUUGAAUAUAUAUAAAUAUAUAUGACAUAUUUUAUAUAUAUGUUUAUAUAUGUUUGUUUAUCUUGCUCCAUUGUCAUGAGUCCAUGAAACAGUUCCCAAAUAUAGUGGCAGGUGUGAGGCUGGCUAAAACCCAUUCAGAUAAGGAGAUUCAAGCAGCAUCAAACUUGGAGUUGAGAAAUCUGAUGCAGACCAGACUGUAAUCCGUGUUGAGGAUGUUCCUGGUUAUGUCAUUGCUUCUUCUAGUUUUCAGCAUAGGUGAUUUGAACAUACAGUCCUGUUUACAUCAUCAUUCUUUUAAAGACAUUGAAAGUAAUUUGUGUCUGUGUUUAAUAUUACCAACUACACUGGAAGCCUGAGUAGGGCAAGGACCAAUAAUUUUACUUCUUUGUGUUUCCUGUAUUGCUUUAGUAUGUUGGCUUGUACAUAAUAGGCACUAAAUACGUGUUUGUUGGUUGAUUGCUUAAGUAAGCCAGAGUGUAUUACAACUAUUGAUAGGGAGCUCUCAGGUUCUAUCAUUGACAUGUACACGAUGGUUGAAACCACUGUGGAAAAAAAUGUUUCUGUAUAUUUACUUGCUUUAAGAUCAUUGUGCUUUUCUGAGAGCAGUAACUAAGAGUUAAAAUGUCCCUAAUAUUUAGAUUAAACUGAUGAACAAAGUUGCUUUUGGCCCUAAUUCAGAAAGUUUAGUUCUGUCCCUUGAUGAUAAUAUAUAUUAUUACUCUUUUGGAAAAUAGACUUUUAAUGGUUAAGGACAAUGAAAUUUAUAAAUCAAAAUCUUGACCAUUAACCUCUUAAGAGAAUACAAAUCUAGUGCUCUUAACCUGUUGUCAUUGUAAUAUUAAUUAAAUAAACAAAUGCAUUAUGUUG